AUGAAGAACCCGCUUGCCAGCCUCCAUCAGGGUGGCGACACCUCAGAUAUCCCUUCAGAGGUUUAUGGAUAUCGCCCUUAUCUGCUUGCCAUUUCGGCGGCAUGGGCAUCAGCAAUGUAUGGUUAUGAUUCGGCCUUUAUCGGCGGAACAUUGAGUCUCUCUUCCUUCAAACACGCAUUUGGUCUCGAUACGGUCUCAUCGGCUGAGCUCACUGCGCUCUCAUCACACAUCGUGUCUACGUUUCAAGCUGGGGCAUUCUUUGGCUGCAUCAUUGGAUUCUUCACCGCCGAGCGCUUCGGCAGGAAGCCCAUCAUCAUGGCCUCGGGCGUUGUCUUCAUCAUUGGAGUCAUCCUCCAGAUGAUUGGCAUGAUUGGUCUGCUCUAUGCCGGUCGUGUCCUCACAGGUUUGGCCAUUGGUGCCAGCAGCACCCUCCUACCGAUUUACAUUGCCGAGUGCUCGCCCGCGCUUAUUCGAGGUCGACUGGUCGGCAUUUUCGAGAUUAUGCUGCAGAUUGCCUUGGUCUUUGGCUUCUGGGUCAACUAUGGUGUCAACCGAAACAUCUCGUGGUUGGUAUCAGCAAACCGGAUUGAGAAGGCCAAAAAGGCCUUGUGCUGGGUUCGAAAUUUGCCUGAGAAUCAUCCAUACAUCCAACAAGAGCUCAACGAGAUCCAAGCUUCCGUAAACCACGAACUCGAGGCAUCUGGCGGCCGCCGUUCGACGACUCAGAUCUUUCGCGAGCUUGUUGCACCCGGCGUACGUGGCAGAGCUGCCGUGAGUGUCCUUCUCAUGUUGCUUCAGAACUUGACUGGUAUCAAUGCAAUCAACUAUUAUUCGCCCACGAUCCUCAAGUCUAUUGGCUUCUCAGGAACAAGUGUCAAUCUACUCGCAACCGGUGUAUAUGGCCUCGUCAAAAUGUUCACAACAGUCAUCUUCAUGGUUUUUAUCGUGGACCGCUUCGGACGACGUCUUCCCCUGCUAGUAGGUGCCAUAGGCGCCAUGGUCGCCAUGUACUAUCUGGCCGGCUAUUCGAAGCUCUCGGGCUCAUUCAGUGGAACCGCCCCUGCUGACUCGGGAAGUCAGGCCGCGCUUGCCAUGAUUUAUAUUUACGCCAUAUUCUAUGGAUUCUCCUGGAAUGGCAUCCCUUGGAUCUUUGCUUCCGAGGUCCUUCCCAACCGUGUCCGUACUUUGGGCAUGAUGUGUGCGGUGUGCAUGCAAUGGUUGGCUCAAUUCAUCGUGGUGUACAGUCUGCCUUAUAUGGUGGCACGGAUUACUUACGGAACCUUUAUCUUUUUCGGUUCAUGUACGGUCGUGGCCUUUUUCUUUGCCUUUUUCUUUGUUCCCGAGACCAAGGGUGUACCACUCGAGGAUAUGGACCUCAUCUUUGGUGUAGGCGCGCCCACCUUUGCCAUCCCAGCAAGGAAGAGAUACGAGGAGUCCAGAUCCGCCGGGCUCGGCGCUUUGCAGAUGGGGGAGAUUGAGAAACCAGGAACAGAGCAUGUAGAGGUCUAG